AUGAUGAUCAUGCUGCUGAGAACGACGCUAGUGGCUACUCUAGCCUUGGGAUCGCAAGCCUUUACCAGUUACCAUCAUCAUGGAGUCACUUUGACUCACCUGGGAGCCAGUGCUUCUUCGUCUGUCUCGAUCGAAGCAGUUGGUCAAGAUCUCAACACUGCCUUGGAAGGAUGUCAGGAUGAAGUUGCCAAGACAGUCAAUGUGGCUGUUGGGAGUAGUCCAACUACAGGACGACUCGGCCUAAUUGCCACCAAAAACAUAAAAAAAGGUGAAGUCUGCUUGGCAAUGCCCCUUGAUGAUCGGUACAUGUUGACGGCAGAUGUGGCACGUGAUGUGGUCUUCAUGGGUGUGCUGCCAGAAAAAUUCGAGGGGUGGACAGGAGAUGCUGGUCUCAUUGCCCUCUUGAUACUCAAUGAAUUGGCUCGGACAGCGGAGAAAGGAAUACAGCUGCCUACUCGCGGUGACGAAGUACAAGCCUUGAUGAAGGCAUGGGUAUCUGCCUUGCCAUCACCCGAGGAAAUGAAACAAAGCCACCCUCUCCUAUGGUCCGAAGAGGAUCAAGAAAUAUUGCAAUUAUCCUCGACAAACAAAAUUUACCGGGUUUUGGAUGAUAUCGAAGAGGAUGUGGCGUGGCUCAGUGAGCGAGUCUUUACAGACGAAAAACUCCCAGAAACGGUCGUGAUCAAUGGCGAAGAACGACCAUGUUUUAGCCAAGACGGCUUUCGCUGGGCCGUGGCACUGGCACAGUCACGGGCCGUCUUUGUCGAUAGUGCGUUGCGGCUGUUACCAUUGAUGGACAUGUGCAACCACGAUGAUGAGGGAGAAGAAAUCACACGUGGCAUGAUGGGCCCAUUCAAGAUGACGAAAGGAGCUCAAAUCAUUGCAGCACAAAGUUACAAAGCCGGCGACGAAAUAUUCUGCUCCUAUGGACCCAAGAGUGCGGCAGACUACCUGUUAGAACAUGGCUUUU